GUACUGUCACCAGUAGCAGUGGAAAAACUGUGGUCGUUGACGAUACUCGGUGGCAAACUUUCGUUUUCUACAAAAAUAUUGAAUAUCACAGUCAAUAUUCAAUAAUGGCAGUGACAAGAAGGGCGUCGCACGCUGGUAGCUGGUACACGGAUUCUGGCACUGAGCUGAAUAAGCAAUUGGGCAGCUGGUUGAAUGCUGCAGAUUUGACCCAUGGACCAGCCAGAGCGAUUAUAGCCCCUCAUGCAGGCUAUUCCUACUGCGGAGCAUGCGCUGGAUUCGCUUAUCGGCAAAUCAGUCCUGUCGUUGUCCGCAGGAUAUUUAUUUUAGGGCCGUCCCACCACGUGAGGUUGGCAGGGUGUGCUCUAUCCUCUGCAUCUGUUUAUCGAACACCUCUGUAUGAUCUACAUAUAGAUCAACAAGUUUACAGAGAACUGGAAGAAACUAAUCAAUUUGAAUGGAUGGAUAUGAAUACUGACGAGGAUGAGCAUAGCAUUGAGAUGCAUUUACCUUACAUUGCUAAAGUUAUGGAGGACUUCAAGGACUCCUUUACUAUAAUUCCAAUUUUAGUAGGAUCCUUAAGCCCAGAUAGAGAAGCUGCUUAUGGAAAUCUACUUGCCCCUUAUUUGGCUGAUCCGCAAAGCUUAUUUAUUAUAUCAUCUGACUUCUGUCAUUGGGGUCAGCGUUUCCGUUAUACUUACUAUGAUCGUUCAUGUGGACCCAUACAUAGAUCCAUCCAUAAUCUCGAUAAAAUGGGUAUGGACAUAAUUGAAACAUUAAAUCCACCUGCUUUUACCGAUUACCUUAAAAAAUAUGGAAAUACUAUAUGUGGAAGACAUCCAAUUGGAGUGCUUUUGCAGGCUAUCAGCAGUCUAAGAAGUAAUACUAAUGGCCAAAAGAUGAACCUUAAGUUCCUCAAAUAUGCUCAAAGCAGUCAAUGUAAUAAUAUGAGUGAUAGUUCUGUUAGUUAUGCCAGUGCUGCGUUGUUGCUUGAGUGAUGUGAUACUAUCUGAUGUUUUUCCGAAAUGCAAGGUACUCAUAUGAAAUU